AUGGCAUCCUCUACCAUGUCCCUCAAGGCUACCUGCCUGAAGCCCAAUGCUCUCAAGUCCAGCCGCACCAUCCGCUUCAUCGAGGACUGGAACAUCGACAAUGCCAAGGGAAAACGGAUAGCAUGCGAGUCCAAGAUCUCCAAGAAUGGCGAAAUGUGCCUCAGUAACCUGUUGGCUGCCCGAAGCAAGGUUUGCAACGCGAAACUUCAAGGAAAAGAGCAGGACAAGCAGUCAUGA